UGACCAGUCAACUUAGAAUCGUCUCUCUCUUACACCAACAUUACACACAGAAUAAGCAACGCGCUUUUGGAACAUUAUUAGAGUCAAACUACAAGAACAAGAACACCAUCGGCUCUACAACAAUAUUAAGAACAAACCUCACCAACUCCAAAGUCCAAAUUGCCCUACCGGUGAGCCAUUGAAUCAAAUUAUUACCAAAAGCAAGAAUCACCAAUCAGGAAAAAUAGAGAAAUUUCUCAUUUCUUUUUCCUCUUAACUUCCUGGAAACAAAUCACAGAAAUGAGAUACUAGAAAACCCUCCUGGAUUAUUGAAGAAAGAAAGAGGAGCAAGAUGAGCUUCAGCUCUGAUGCUUUGACCACUACUCUCUCCAACUCAAUCCAGGCUUUGGGUCGUGGGUUUGAUGUCACAUCUGAUAUACGGCUUUUGUAUUGCAAGGGAGCUCCUGGGUCCAGGUUGGUGCAUAUUGAUGAAGAGCAUACCAGGGAUCUAGUUGUCUCUGAUGGGUUUUUGCUGCCCAAUGUUUCUGUUGAUAUUGAUUGCUCUAAAGGCCAUAGGCACAUUGAAAGAAUUCCUGUUUGCAGCUUCCAUGAGAUGGCAGGAAGAUUCAAUGAGAAAUCAGGUAUAUCAGGACAUAUUCCACUUGGAAGCUUUAAUGGCAUGUUCAAUUUCACUGGUUCUUGGCAAGUUGAUGCAGCAGCAACAAAAUCCCUUGCAAUGGUUGGGCAUUUCAUUCCUCUAUAUAAAGUUCAAUUAGCAAAAUUGAAUUUAGUUUUGCAUGAGGAAAUCAAGCGGGCUGUUCCAUACUCCUGGGAUCCUGCAUCCUUGGCAAGUUUCAUUGAAAGCUAUGGUACACAUAUUGUCACAUCUGCAACAAUUGGUGGAAGAGAUGUUGUCUACAUAAGGCAGCACCAGUCAUCUUCUUUGCUAGUGUCAGACAUUGAGAGCUAUGUAAAAGACAUCACAGAUCAAAGGUUUCAGGACUCAAGAAGUCAACCAAGUGCUGGCCCCUUAAAAUACAAGGACAAGGAUGUAACAGUCAUUUUUAGAAGGAGAGGAGGUGAUGAUCUUGAGCAGAGUCAUGCCAAGUGGGCAGAAACUGUGCAGUUGGCGCCAGAUGUUAUUAAUAUGACUUUUACACCAAUCAUUUCUCUGCUUGAAGGAGUGCCUGGCUUAAAGCAUUUAGCAAGAGCAAUUGACUUGUACUUGGAGUACAAGCCACCCAUAGAGGAUUUGCAAUAUUUCUUGGAUUUCCAAAUUGCUCGGGUUUGGGCUCCAGAGCAGAACAACCUUCAAAGAAAGGAGCCUGUUUGCCAAUCCCUUCAGUUCAGCUUGAUGGGCCCCAAGCUCUAUAUCAGCCCAGAUCAGGUAACUGUUGGCCGUAAGCCAGUUACUGGCCUUAGACUUAGCCUAGAAGGCAUUAAGCAAAACAGACUCUCCAUCCAUUUGCAACAUCUUGUGUCUCUUCCCAAAAUUCUUCAGCCACAUUGGGAUGCACACAUAGCUAUAGGUGCACCCAAGUGGAAAGGUCCUGAGGAGCAAGACAGCCGUUGGUUUGAACCCAUCAAGUGGAAGAACUUCUCCCAUGUAAGCACUGCACCAAUAGAGUACACUGAUACUUCCAUUGGAGAUCUCUCUGGUGUUCACAUUGUCACUGGUGCUCAGCUUGGUGUUUGGGAUUUUGGAGCCAAAAAUGUGUUGCAUCUCAAACUCCUCUUCUCAAAAGUUCCAGGUUGUACAAUAAGGCGCUCUGUAUGGGACCAUAGUCCUUCCAAUCCUUAUGCACAACAACCCAAUGGGGCAUCAUCAUCAGUUUCAAAUGAGAAGGCAUCCAGUGAUAAGAAGGAAGAUGGUUCAAGCCAUGUUGGGAAACUGGCAAAAAUAGUUGAUGUAAGCGAAAUGUCAAAGGGACCACAAGAUAUUCCAGGCCAUUGGUUGGUAACAGGAGCGAAGCUUGGGGUGGACAAGGGGAGGAUUGUUUUGCGUGUGAAGUAUUCCUUAUUGAAUUAUUGACAGAUUGUUUCUAUAUUUUUAGGGUUACCCUUUUUCUACAUGUAAGCAUAGUCAGGCAUUCUUUGCACAGGCAUCCUAGUUCUUUUGUUUCUCUGUACAUUAUGUUCUUUUUGUUUGUUGGUUUUAGUCCUUAUAGCUGAUAGUCACAUCAUCAAGUAUUUUCUGGAUUUUUUUGAUAUAUUUAUUUAUUAAAAGAGAGGGUUUUGUUGUUCAAUAAUAAUACUCAUUUUAGUCUGCA